UAAGAGACAGGCAAAGUUUAGAUGUGCUUUGACACUGAGGUUCUCUCCCUGAUCCAUGAAGGUUAACAGUCAAACUUGUAACAAAAGUCAAAGGGUGUUUAGAAGCAAGGUAGGCAUCCACAAGGCAGGGGAUUCCUUAACCCAAAUGUCCUUUCAGCUCUUGGGAGAUUGUUUUCCCUAAAUGUAGGUUAGGUCUCCAUGAACCUCCUUCCCUGUAGAAGAUAGACGCACACACACACUACACUCACCUGCCACUACCCUACCAUCCAUUCUCAGAAUCAUCCUUCUCUCCCCAUUUUCUCCCCUGACAUCAGCUCCAGCCUGCCCAUUGGCUGGAAAAGCUACGAGGCGCCGCCUCCGAGUAGCUGCAGACUAUAUAAGGCUGUACUCUGGCGGGAGAAGUAGUAGUACGCUGGAGGGUUCGCCUUUUCCCGGUUCUGUCAGCGCAACAGUGCAGGCGCGUUUUCGGAGCCAGGCACAACUAUGGAACAAUUGGAAAGAAUCAACAAAGAAAUCAAGUCAGUCAAGACUGAAGUUGAAGAAAAGCAGAAGAUGCUCCCCAGGUUUACAUUAGCUCUUGAAGAGCUAUCGCAAAGUCCCAUGGUCUCCUUGAGUGACACAAAUGUGAAACAAGCUUUUCCUGAAAACAGCCUGCUCCCACAAGAAAAGUGGAAUGAACCAUCAAAAAACAAAGAGAGUCAGCCUACAAAGUACAUGAUGGACCACACAUGUCCAGCAACUGACCUUGAAUAUGAUCCCUUGUUCAAUUACUCCGUAGCACUGCUUGGAGCAUCUAAAGGAAGGCAGGGUGAGACUGACAGUCAGCCCUUCUGGAAAAAAUCUGUGGGUAAAAAUUGCCACAAGUCCCUGGAGAGUCAAAGACCUUAUGUUUCACCCAUAAGAAUUACAAUAAAUCUUCAAGAUUCUGAUGAAGAUGACCUUGUAAUGGAUGUACCUCCAAUCAUUCCUGUUUCUAGGAAAUCUAAACGCUUUAGAGGCUUUAAAUAUCAGAAUAUGAAGGAAGGGAUACAGGUAGUGCCUCUGGAGGAAAGAAAUCUUCAGAUCAGUGGCAUAGAAGAGAAAAAAAUAGGUGAAACCCAACUAACCACAUACAGAGAAGAUGACAGUAACAAGCUAGAACCAUCAAGAUCACUCAUGAAAACCUCACUAGAUACUAAAACUAAGAUAAACAUGUGUGGUGUUCAAAACCACAUUUCUAAGAUGGGAAGCUUUGGUGGUGAGAAGAUGCAUGUCUGCAUUUCAGGAGAAAAUAUGUCUUAUGCACCUCCCAGGGACAAAGAAAUCCAGACAGGAAGUCAUAGUGAAAGGUAUCCAAAGAGGACAAGACAUGUAAAAACUGAUGAUACUCAAAAAGAAGAGACUGAAUGGCUAUCUUCACCAAGCCAACUCCAGUUCUCUUAUUCAGACGAUCACUUGAAAGACAAAGUUCUGACAGCAUCAGACGAUAGUCAAGACUUGACUAUUUUUGAAGACGGCAGGUUAGUUGAAUUUGGUUUAGAUAAGGAAUAUACUGGAGAUGACACUCCCUCUGACUUGGAUGAUACUACGAAGGAAUGUCUUCGAAUUUUCAGUGAGUUCACACAAAGCCAAGAUCAUGAGGGAGAGACUGCUAAACAGGCUUCAGGAAAGCAAAAGGAAUUAGAUAUGCUGUAUUACCAAAACAUUUCUGGACCAAAAAGGAGAAUCGCACACACGGCCAAGGUUGAUACCCAACAACAAGUAGUGCAGACAAUGACUGCCGUUAAGGAUGGGCAGGCUUUUGAUCCUGCCACUUCAGAACAGAAGAAAAAUACCUUUGUAUGUCCAGCCUCUCAGAGCCAGAGGAAAGCCUUAGGAGAAAAUUCAUGUACAUCAAGCAGCCUUCAUGAGGAUGUAGUUCCUUCAAAGGAAAACCCAAUUGCAAAGCCAAACAGAUCACACAUUCCUGUGAAAACUAUUGCUUCUUUUCCUGUUAAGAUGGUGAAAUACAACGUGGCUCACCAGAAGCAGGCUUUAGGAGCAUCAGAAUCUGCAUCCAAAGUUCCUGAUGAAGUAAGACAGUGUUAUGUCAACCUCUUUUUUGAGAAAUAUUUGAAAGUUUAUAAAACAGAGGAUGAGGCAUUUAAGAAGGCUAAAACAGAAAAAAAGUCAUUUAUGAACACUGUAGCAGUCAAAAUAUGUAUGUGAACAUAGCAAUAAAUACUCUUAAGAAGCUGAGAGACCAAGAUAUGUCUGGAAGCAGUAACGAUAAUAAGACAACUGGAUUGAAAAAGAAUGAAAUGAAAAAUGGACUCACAGGAAUUAUGCUCUACAGACAUCUUAAAGACUAUCUUCUAACUGAAGAACAGUUACGAGAAAAUAACUACCCCCAGCCCAACCCUGAAAAACCAGGGAGUAGUCUUUUAAACCCAGGCAUGACAAAAACUCGUGUAAAUGAUCCUUCUAGGAAGACCUGCUGUCGAUGUGGGAAGAUCUACGGUGUGACUUCUCCAGGCAGACACAGCAGGACAGAGGAAUGUCACUACCACUUUGGCCGAGUGUUGAGUCAUAAAGUGCUAUACAGCCAAAGGCUGGAACUUACUCGAGUGGCAGUGGUGGACCCCAGCCUCCAGGUGGUCUAUGACACAUUUGUGAAACCAGAUGAAGAGCUCAUUGACUAUAACACUAGGUUUUCUGGUGUGGCUGAAGACGACUUGAAGAACACGAAGACCUCAGUCCGUGAUGUGCAAGCCAUCUUACUGAACCUCUUCAGUGCGGACACUAUACUAAGUGGACAUAGCUUUGAACACAGUCUCUACGCGCUUAAGUUAAUUCAUACUUCAGUUGUGGACACGACAGUUCUGUUCCCUCAUCCACUAGGUUUGCCUCACAGAAGAUCCCUGAAGGGUUUAGUGGCUGACUACCUGCAGAGAGUCAUUCAGGAUGAAGGUCACAGUUCCAGUGAAAAUGCAACCGCCUGCAUGGAACUGGUCCUCUGGAAGGUAAAUGACAACCUGAAAUGAAAGAAGUAACCACCUGGCCCAAGAAUAUCUUAAACCUCUGCACUGCUUCCCUGAUUCCUUGGCCUCCACCGCUCGCAGUAGAGUUCGAUCUAUAAUAACAUGAGGUUUCCCCACACUUUCAGAGAAGAGGAGAAAGAAAAGCACUGUCGAGGUUUAUGUAUUACAUUUUAAAGGUUGGAUUCCCACAGCAGUUUCUAAAGUUGUGUCUGGGGAGGGGUGGGGGAGG